AAAACAAGACCUUUCAAACAAAAAAGAACCAUAACCAUGAUAUUAUUUUUGUGUGGCAAUGCGAAGCUCAAUUACUAGGAAAUGAUAGGAGCUAUCAGCAUCCAUCAAAUGUAGAGAAGAUGAGGUUGGAGAAGCAGUACCUGGAUUUGAUCUUGGUCCCAACUGGGCUGAUUUUCAUGUUUGGCUACCAUCUCUAUCUCCUCUAUAAAAUACUAAGGUAUCCGCACACCACAGUUAUUGGCUAUGAGAAUCACAACAAGUUGGCUUGGGUGGAGAGGAUGUUGCAGGGCGGGACAACCAACACAGCAAUAGCAUUGCAAGUUAUCUCAAGCAACAUAUCAGCAUCAACCUACCUCGCUUCCCUCUCAAUCACUCUAAGCUCACUCAUUGGGACAUGGGUUGGAAAUUCUUCAUCCAAAGUCUUCAUGGAAGCUGUAAUCUAUGGCGAUACAAGUCCGUCCACCUCUUCCAUCAAGUUCAUCACCCUCCUCUCCUUCUUCCUCAUGGCGUUCACAUCAUUCGUUCAAUCAGUAAGAUACUUCCUCCACGCCAACUACCUAUUGAGCAUGCCAGAUUCCGACAUACCCGUGUCCUACGUGCAGAGAUCGGUGAUAAGGGGCAGCAAUUUCUGGUCUCUCGGGCUUAGAGCGCUCUAUUUCGCCACCAGCUUGUUGCUGUGGAUUUUUGGACCAAUUCCUAUGUUUGCUUGCUCGUUGUGUAUGGUUGUGGCCCUCAAUAUCCUUGAUAGCAAUUCAACCCCAUUGCAUAAGUAUCCGCCUCUAAGUAAAGGCCAAAAGAAAAGGCAGAGCGGGCAGCAGAACAGUGAAAUUCUGUUCACUGAGCCCAUGUCCACCCUAUCUUUGAAUGCUUGCUGAGGAUGUUAUUGUCAGUGCUUCAUUGGUGCUGGGCCUACUUCAACCUACUGGGAAGAAUUUUUAGUGAAUGCAUGCGUUCUCCUAAUUAUGACUAGAAUAAUUAUAUGAUCCAGCGCGUAAGGAUAAAUGGUAUCCUCUGUGUACCCGUUUGGGCAAAAGUGAUAGGGAGUGUUCAUCUGAUGGGCCACAUGGUAGAUGGACCAUGCCACAAUAGAUUCCCAAUUGGAAAUCCCAAUUCGGGCUUGUUUGGGUGCCACGUAAAAAUGAGUUCAUCUCAUUUUAGUUAAUUGAAAUAAUGUACUAGAGAUCAUAUCUCUUUUUUAUAAGGAUUAAGAAUAAUCUUGUUAACCAACAA